UAUGUUCACCUCUUUUGCUUAAUUAAAAAAAAAAAAUAAAUAAAUAAAAAUUAAAAGAUUUAUUUCGUGCCAAUUAGAAUAUAUUUUUUAAUAGAUCAUUUAAUAUUCGAUUGUUUUAACUUUCUUUGAAUAUUAGUUUUAACAUAAUAUUUCGAUAGAAAUCGACUGACAUUUAAAUAAUUAUUGACAUAAACGUCAGUGAGAAAGUUGGUAGUAUUUGUCAAGCUUGUAUGAUAUAAAAAUUCUAUGAUCGCUGUAGCUUAGAUUAUUGAUUUCUAAAUAUAUAACAUAUGUUUUAAGAAGAUAAUAUUUGAAAUUAUUUGGAAAUGGCAGACACUGAUCCACAAUUAAAACGGCUUUUACUUCCAGCAGAAGAAACUUUAUUUGAACAAUUAUUAAGAUUUGGACUAUAUAUUGGUGCAAUAUUUCAAGUUAUAUGUUUAUUAGCAAUAAUAGUUUAUCAAGUAGGCCCUUCUGAUGGUAUAGGUGCUUUAAAGGAUGAUCCAAGUGAUGUUGAAUGCUCAGAAAAUAGUCCUCAGGUUACCCCAAGAAGACCUCAUAGACCACGAAAACAAGAAAAAAAGAAAAGACGUUGAAUUUUCUUGUUUAUAAAAUAUAUUAUUUAAUAAUUUUAAAAACUAAUAUUAAAUAUUA